AUGAACUCUCAUUCAGCUUCACCUACACCCACAAGAAAGCGUACACACUUGAAGCCUAGUCAAGUGGCCACUCUUCAGGAAUCGUUCAACACAAAUCCUCUUCCAGACUCAAGUGUUCGUAGUCGAUUGGCUCGGGAGCUUGCCGUUACGGAAAGAACAAUUCAAAUCUGGUUUCAAAAUCGUCGUGCUAAGGCCAGAAAAGUGGAAGCACUGGAUGCAUUUCCAUCCAAUAGUAACAGUAAUGCAUCUUCGUCCAACAGCAGCGCAGUGAUUAGACCUGGUGGUGCUGGUGGCGGUUGGGUUGAUCCUCAUCGUCAUGCCACGCCUCCUCGUUAUCAAGCGACAUUUCGCACCAUGAUGACUCCUGAACGCUUUGAAGAAUUGAAACAUCAAGACCACCAGCAGAUUCGCAAAAGACCUCGUUCAAGCUCAAAGCCUGAGCCUAAAUCAUCUCAUUUAUUAGAAUUGACUCGCAGUGAUAACAUGAGAGCCAUGUCUGAGGGUAUUUCAAGACCCAAUCAUGAUGUCUUAUUCUCAGCAGCAACAGCAAUAGUAUCUACAUCUACACCUACUACAGGUGCUUCAUUAUCGAGCACUUCAAUUGCGUCUCCUACGUCUGCUGGUACAGUCGUCCAAGGUGGUGCUACAUCAACAACCACUGGUGGAUCUCAAAUGAGCCUCAUCACAGACACUCCGAUCCAAACUGUCCCUCUUCCCGUUAGCGUCCUACGUAUUGGUUCAUGGACACGAUUUGCUCAUGCCUCUCCUCAACUGCACCAAAGAGACUGGGAUCUCGUUUGUUACGCUAGUCCCUUGGAUCGUGAGCUUGUUUGGCGGGUACAAGCAGAGGGACAUCAUUUCAGAAUUCAAGUCGGCUUUGAUAGCAUUCAUCAACUCAGAUUGAGUCGACAAGUGCAAGUAGAAACGGGUGAACUUGUGGGUCAGUUGGACAUUGAAUUAAGCUUACCAUUGGCCUUCUCCAUGUGGCGCUUUGGACAAGAUCAUCAGUGGGUGCGUUGCGGCGAUUUCACAGAGGACAAGCAAGCCAGCGUUGAUGGGUUCCAUAUCUUGCAAGGAAAUCAUGAAGCUUUCAAGCAGGCGCUUUUAGACCUGCUCGCAUUAGCGCCAGAAUUAGCUACUAAAAUUAGUGUUACUCCCACCACCAACGCCAAUGUCAUGAUGAUGGAUUUGCAUCAACCUCCUCCUGGUCUUGAUCUUUGUCGUGAUUUCACCAUGUCGCCUUCUGCUACACCGGAACCAUCCUCUUUGGCUGCUGUUGCUGCUGCUGCUCAAGCUGUCGCUGCGCAACAAAUGAUGUACCAUGGUAACAACGGACUUUCUGCUGCUCAUGGCAUGAUCAAUCCUCAGCAAUUGUCUAAGGCUAAUAUGUCUCACCUGAUGCUUCAAGCUCCCUUCUUUUAUCCCACUACCAAUACUCAAACGCAAGGCGGUAGCACUGUUCCCCAUCACCAUCAGCAACACCACUACCAAGAACAGCAAAGCAAUGAAGACUUGUAUCAGAUGCUAAUCCAUCAACAACAUACACAGCCUUCUUCUCUCUUAUUGUAA